AUGAGCUCACUUACACCUGUGCAAGCUCAAGAUACAAGUGUAACAGAAGAAAAUGUUACUGAGAACGAUGUCGAGGCGUACGCGAAGCGCAAACUUCUCAAGCUAAAUAUUGGGGGAGAUUUUGCAGCUCGUGGCGAGCUUUCAUCCAAGAUGCUCACCAUUUAUCCCAGUGCAAACGCAAUCGCUCCUCCAGUUACGGCCAGGACGGCGAGUAAUGAAGCUGUUUCUUCCGCUGCUAUUAACCCAAGCUCAUUGAGCGAGGCACCUGCUACGAGAUUGGAAGCAGCAGUCCACGCAUCCAAAACUGUGCCAACCGAUGCUGACGCGUUCGAGUCUGAUUUAGAUGAUGGCAGCGAAAAGAGCGACAACGAAUUUGUGUUGCCUGAUGCGGAUUCAUCUGAGCAAGAUUUCGGAGAGCACAUAGCGCCUAGUGCUGGAGGUACCUGUUUAGCUGAUGGCCGUGACGGAAGCUCAGCAAUUUCUGUGAACCCGUUAAAAAUGGGCUGGGCAAGACGGCCAAAGCGAGGAGAGAUGUACGGCACCAAAUACGUAGCACUUUACGAAAAGGAGAUUGAAGCGAUGUUUCAGCAAGGUGAAAAAGACCAAAGUCAAAAUAUGGGUCCGGCGAGAAUGCUGGAGGCUCUCAUAUUGGCUAAUCCACACAGGUCUUCAAAUUCGAGUGGCGAUACCGAGCGUUCAGAUCCGCAGCAGCAUCUAGGUCAAAAGAAAAAGAAGAUGGUACCGACCUAUGCCAAUUUCUUGGCAGGACUUGUGAAAGAUGAUCCUCGAAUCAUGCCGAGACAUGCGUUAGCCAUGCUGUACUACCAGUUUCCUGAUGCUCGGGGCAAGGCAGAUGAAAAACGUGUCCGGGAUAAAGUUUCUGAUCUCCAAAGGAAGCCGAAAAUACGUCGAAGUCGUGUUUCCUCACCUACAUCUACACCUUCAAGCUAA